AUGGAAACUUUGCAAAGAUAUUGGGCCUCCCUGCACAAGAGCCGAAGAAAGAGAAAAGAGGCCCAGAACGAGAGGUUUGGCGAAAUAUGGUACAACAAAGAAAGUAACCCGAACAACAAUUACACACAGGGCCACUCCAACUAUACCGUGGCGACGCACCUGACGCGCACGGCCGAGUCGGACGCCGCCUUCCUGCUGCCACACAUCAAGAAGACAGACCACAUCCUCGGCGUUGGCUGCGGCCCCGGUUCCAUCACGACGGGCCUGACCAAGUACGCCGGCGAAGGCGCAACGGUGGGCAUCCGCAUCUCACCCGACGUUCUGCAGAAGGCUAGGACGGUGGCAGCUGAAGCGGGCGUCUCAAGUAAGGGGGCGGGGUCUGUGGUCUUCCAGGAAGCAAACGUCCUGGAACGGCUCCCCUACGCCGACGUCGACGGCGGCAAGGUCCGCACCGGCGCGGGGACCAUGGUGUUCUCAGGUCCGGAAACCAGGAAAUGGUUGGCCUGGCGCGCGGCCGGCUAG